AUGAUGCGAGAAAAGCUCGCAACCAUCGAAGCUCUCUCGCAGCGGGCUUCUCGCCUGGCGCCGACCAAGCCAGCUCCCGGCGGCGGCGGCAUGCCAACAGAGGAGCUCGCUGCGAGAGAGAGCGACCGCUCCGACUCCGCCCCCUCGGACUCCGCCACCCCCGCAGUUGCCGCACCCGCCAAAUGCGAACAUUGCGCCCACUGCUCUGGCUCCGCCUGGCGCGCGCUCUGGACCGAGGCCCGCGACAACUUCUACACAUACGACACCACCAACGACCACCGCCUCCAGCUCACCAAUGCCGGAUACAUGGUCUUCUUCGCCAUGAUCUACUUCUUCUCCGAGGUCCUGCUUGGAACGGUCUUCGACAGCUACCUCCUGGACGCCAGUUUCCCAUUCAUCGGAGUCACCAUCUUCUGGCGCGCCAUCACAUCACCGAUCGAGACUGUAUCAUGGCUCUUCGGAAUUCUCUUCAACUUUGUCUUCGACGACAGCGCGGCGGUCACAGAACCAGUUGCGACUUGGUAUCGAGCAGAGGAACGACCAACAACCGCGGGCGAAUGGCUGGACACUGCACUUUCGGCCGCCGGAACGAUCACAACACGCGCACUUUCGGCCACCGGAACGAUCACAACACGCAUCAUGCACAGCACCAUGACAGCGAUGUCAGAGCUUGAAAACGCAUGGGACGAUGAUUGGGCUUCCAUGUAG